AUGGAGUCUCUGCUUCCUCGCUCUCCUCUCUCUUCCUCCUUCCCGUCUUGCCCUUCCUCUACCUCUCCUUCUUUCUCUUCGUCUUGUUCUUCUUCCUCUACCCCUCCUUCUUUCUCUUCGUCUUGUCCUUCUUCCUCUACCCCUCCUUCUUUCUCUUCGUCUUGUCCUUCUUUUUCUACCCUUCCUUCGUCUACUCCUUCUUCCACUUCUUGUUCGUCUUCCUUUUCUUCCUCUUCUUCCCCUUUCUCUGUUUCCUCGUCUUCGCUCCCUGAGGCGCCGCCUGUGCGUUUCCCGCCUUCUCGUUGUCAGUUCUGCGGGUCUCCGAGAGUCAGUUUGGUUCGCGUGGCUUCUCGGCUGCGGAGUUGCCGAGCCUGUUUCAUUCGCGCGUUCGAGGACGACGUCUGGGCUUUCAUCCGGCGGUUCUCCCUCUUCCACUCGGGACAAAAAGUUGCGGUCUGUGUGUCGGGCGGGAAGGAUUCCGCCGUGCUUCUCCACGUGCUCCACACGCUAAAUGUGAGGGAACAUCUGGGCCUCUCUCUCCAUCUCCUCGCUGUCGAUGAGGGCAUAAAGGGCUACAGAGACCAGGCGCUCGCCGCGGUGAAACGAAACAGCCACGUCUACAACUUACCCCUCCACAUCGUCUCCUACGACAACCUCUACCAGGGAUGGACAAUGGACCGAAUUGCUCAGCAGGCACUAGAGAAUGGAAAGCAACCGCCUGUGGCUAGUGCGAAUCCUUCGUGCUCCGCCGCGUCGCGCUCCUCUUCUCCGUCUAUAAGCCGGGCGUGCGGCUGCAGGGGCAAUCGCGAGUCGGCGGCUGCGGCGUCAGGAGGCGCGGUGGGCCCAUGUGUGGAUGCGGAGGAAAAGGGACAGCAUUGCGGGGGGUCCAAGGAGCGAGAAGAAAAAAGCGGGAAGAAAGACGGGCGAAGCGGCGACUUCACACACAGUUGUACAUUUUGUGGAAUCUUCCGGCGUCAGGCAUUUGAGCGUGGCGCGCAGGACAUCGGAGCUGACGUGCUCUGCACUGGUCACAAUGCAGACGACGGAGCAGAGACGUUUUUGAUGAACAUUUUGCGAGGCGACGUGCAACGCCUGCCUGUCUCUGGGGCACCCCUCACAGGCUCGCGCGAAGGGCCGAGUGUGAUGCGCGUGAAGCCGUUGCUGGCUUCUUUCCAGCGAGAAGUUGUGCUGUAUGCCCACUUCAACCGACUCGACUACUUCGCCACCGAGUGUACGUACAGCGGAGCCGCCUACAGAGGCCUUGUCCGCAACUUUUUCUCUUCGCUCCAGGACAAUCAGCAGCAACAGCGAAUUCUCGACCUCCUCCACGCGGCGCGGAAUCUGUGGACGCCUCCCCUCGCUUGCACAGAGGAAAACGCAAAGGGCAGUCUCGGCUCCGACAGACAGCGUGGCGAACCAGGAAAAGCGGAGGCGACCCUGACAGCUCUCAGAGGCGAAGAGGGAGAAAGCGCAGAAGAGGAAAGAGAUGGCGCAGUCGUCUUGCGUCCAGGAGAAACAAUUGAGAACCCAUCUGAGCUAAACACGUCAGAGGGGGCACGUCAACCUGCCGUCUCCCUUGGCUCGUCUUAUAGACGGGAAACCGCGAUGUCCUGCGAGUCUCCACUCGGCGAGCCUCGGCUAUCACCAAACGCCUCUGCUUCUUCAUCUUGUCUUCCUCAUUCUUCCCAUGGGAGGCCUGUGGAGGCCGCAUCUGAGGCUGAAACCGGUGGUUCACGAAGACGAGGCGCCGACGAUGCGCGAGGGGACCACGGAGGCGAGGAAAGUGUCGACGCGAAGAAAAAGAGCGACGUCUUGCCCGGGAGGAACGGGGAGUUGCGCCCCUGCGUCCUCUGUGGGUUUCUGACAAAAAAGGAUUUGUGUCGUGCAUGCGCUCUUGUUCAGGCCCUCAAUGAAAACAAACUGGAUUUUGUGGGCAUGAAUGCAAGGAAAGGAAACAAACUAAUGAGAGGCGACGGCCAUAAAAAACACGAGAAAGAGAACGCGAGUCGCUGCUCAGAGGGGCCGCGAAGAAACGAAACCGCAAUCUCCAAGAGACAAGACGCGAGUCCGAUGAACCUUGCAAGAAGUCCAGGGUUGCGAGGAUCCUUGGCAUGGUGA